UGUGAGAAAGUUUCACGCCGUCGUCGCUACGAUUACUGUAACCAACGCAAUAAGAAGAGAAAUAGACAGACAGACAGACGAGAGGGGGAAAAAUAGGUAGAUAGACAGGCAGAAAGAGAGACAGACAGAGUAGUGUGUGUGAGAGAGAGAGAAAGAGAGAGGGACUGAGCGAAGCGUUGAUCUUCAGUUUGAGAAUUGCGGUCUGUUGAGAAGAACUGUUGCAAAUCUUGUCAAUACUCGCACACAUAUAUAUGUACACAUAAGCACACACUCACACGUAUAUUAUACAACGCUUACACAUCCAUACAUAUCGUCUGCAUCUGCCUUAUUGACUCGAUCAUGGAUUCAGAAACGGAUCCCAACCGUUUUUGGAUUAGUGGCGUGAUUAAUUCUACAUCAACUCCAUUUUUACCAAAUGGUGAUAUUGACUUUUCCAGCUUUGAUAUCUAUAUAGAUUUCCUGGUCCGGAGUCAGGUCGACAAUAUCUUUGUUAAUGGAACGACUGGAGAAGGCAUGGCACUCACAAUCGAUGAGCGGAAACUUGCUGCUGUCGGCUGGAUUAAUGCUGCCAGGGGAAAAAUAAAGAAAGUAAUCCUUCACGUUGGUGCUGCCAAUUUGAGAAGUUCCAUAGAAUUGGCCAAACAUGCAGAAGCCAUUGGUGCCGAUGCCAUUGCGUGUAUGUGUCCAACAUUUUAUAAACCAAAAAAUGAAGAGAUCUUAACAAAUUAUUUGUCCCAAGUGGCGGCUGCAGCACCAUCCACACCAUUUUUCUACUACAGCAUCCCUUACAUGACGCAUGUCCAUUGUAUUUGUUGUGUGUCCCUUCUAACUGGAGCUUAA